CCCGAUCACGUCCGAGGGCAUUUGCAAGGGAAACAUCAUAAGUUCACGAGAGCGGAUGCAGUCGUAGCAGCCGAAGAAGUCAAGGCACGGCCAGGAUUAAUUCCAUUCGCGAGCGAAUUACAAAUACCGACCCAGGCCAGCCAGCCGAUACCCCAUUUACCAUUA